AUGAUACAAGACAUCGUGAUUGCCCUGAAUCUCCUCGUGGCCGGCUGCCUGGCGGUUCAUGGUGAGAAUUAAACUUUUGCAAAUUUUCAUAAUGCAUGUACGGCCCCUCUUUCAAAGCAAGUGUAAGAGUUAAGCAUGCGAACUCAAAAUUUCCUAUUCUGACAAGCGAUUUGAAUUAACUCGAUAUAAUUUUAGGCUGUGAAGUCCAUUUGCCGAUCAGGUUUUUCAAUGUCUGCAUAGUUGAAUGAUCAAAUAUUAUUUUCACCAGAUCGGUCAGCAGAAACUUUUAUUGAAGAAGGUGACACGAUCGCCGGGAAAAGAGCUUUAUUAGCCUGACGUUUCGGAUUCCUACUCGAAUCCAUCAUCAGAGACAAAAGAGCAGAAACGGGUGGUUGUUGCACAAGGGGCUGCGGUAUUUAUAGGAUGCAGUAGCCAUGCUACCGCAUACCUAUGAACGUUCACGGCUCCCCCCUUCAUCCGGGAUUGUCGCACUUGGUGUGAUAAUUGCUUGAUGGCCGACAUUCGAGUCGAUAAUAGCUGCAAUUUCAUCACGUGCGUUGGAUGUUGGCGUGAUGAUUGCUCGACCAUCUGACGCAUCGACCCCGGUGUUGGGAAGAGUGUUCACAUCUGCGCUCCCAGCAUGGCAUUUUAGUCAGCCUAGGCGAAGUUUUAGCACGGAGUAUGAAGUGGGAAGAUCGUUGCACUUGUUGAUGGACUGGGGGCCAGUAAACCAUGAUUCCAGUAGCUCCCGGCUCACUCAGUUGUCACCUCUUGCGAGAAUUUCGGCCUCAUCGAAUUUAAAUGUGUGGCCGGAUCUCACACAUUUAAAUUUGAUGAGGCCGAAAUUCUCGCAAGAGGUGACAACCGAGUGAGCCGGGAGCUACUGGAAUCAUGGUUUACUGGCCCCCAGUCCAUCAACAAGUGCAACGAUCUUCCCACUUCAUACUCCGUGCUAAAACUUCGCCUAGGCUGACUAAAAUGCCAUGCUGGGAGCGCAGAUGUGAACACUCUUCCCAACACCGGGGUCGAUGCGUCAGAUGGUCGAGCAAUCAUCACGCCAACAUCCAACGCACGUGAUGAAAUUGCAGCUAUUAUCGACUCGAAUGUCGGCCAUCAAGCAAUUAUCACACCAAGUGCGACAAUCCCGGAUGAAGGGGGGAGCCGUGAACGUUCAUAGGUAUGCGGUAGCAUGGCUACUGCAUCCUAUAAAUACCGCAGCCCCUUGUGCAACAACCACCCGUUUCUGCUCUUUUGUCUCUGAUGAUGGAUUCGAGUAGGAAUCCGAAACGUCAGGCUAAUAAAGCUCUUUUCCCGGCGAUCGUGUCUCCUUCUUCAAGACUACUUCCUGGGACUCGGCUCUUCGCUUCUAUUAGAAACGUUUAUUUCAAAAUAUAUGUUUUACUGCGUAGCCAUCAAAUACUUCUCGAAAAGACUCCCACACUUCAAUCAGUAAGGUAUAUAAGUGAAGAAGAAGAGUCGAGCACCGGAACACUUCGUUUAUUGUCCUGAGCUUUCAGACUUGUGCAGGAGUCCAUCGUCAUAGGUAGUAGCAGCAACAGAACAAGCGACAGUUAUAAGGCAUGUAGGUCAAUCAUCGACCGACGGCGCAAGACUGGGGUGACUACGCAGGACUCUGUACGCCGGCGUCAGAUCGAUAAAUCGAUUGACCAAGUACUCAUCCGCGGCCCAGGCUUCAAUUAUUUCUCGGCCUGUUUUGUUUCCGGCGUGGGCAAAUAUUUUGGUGGCUACAAAAUCAAACUCAUGACCCUUUUCGUAGGUGUGAGCUGCCACUUGUGAUAAUGCGUCACCUCGUCGCACCGCCAGCUUAUGUUCGUGUAUGCACGAUCCGAGCAUGCUACUGUUUGGGAAAAUGGGGCCUUAGUUACAGUGGGUGACCUAACUCAUUAAAUAUGUCGAAAUUUACGAAUGAUUGCUAAUCACUCGCAAACCGACACCAAUCCGUGGAUCUAAUAUCUAUGUUAAUAAAGCACAACUUUAACAUAAUAAAAGGCACAAAAUAAAUAAUAAAGGCAGUGUUACGUUCUUGAGAAAUGCCAAUCUUUUUAGAAAAGCGGAAAAUCCCGAAAACGUCAAGAGUGGUUGCAAUUGAGUAAAUUUCAUUUUUAAAUUUUCGAAACGUCUACCCAUGGAAAAAAGCUGAGUGAAUAUGAAAGCACAAAUAGAAUAACCGUUAGAAAUAAUGUUUAAGGGAAGUCUACAUUUAAAUAUCCUUAACAACUUAGUGCAAUUCCAGGUAUGGGGUCUUGCUAGCAGCCUAUAUUCUGAGUAUAGAUUCCAAAACAUUUUCCCGAGGAUUCGUGAUAUCCUUUAGUUUUUUGAAUUAAAUGGGGUGCGGUUCAAUAAAAAAGCAAGAUUUUGCUGACAGGGACAUCAUAAGAACAAAAGUUUUUAUAAAUUCACAUGCUGCCGGGCCGAUUGGUACCAAAUAAUUUUAAAUGGAAUUGGCAUUUGUAAUCGUAAGCACACCAUUUUGUUUUUAAAGAGGACUUUUCUUCCGUUAAAGUAAUUAGCACUUUUCGUUUGUUCAGGAUUAUGCUGAGUUUCAGAUCGACCUUUAAUUAUCGAUGAGUAUUUCGCGAUUUUGAGUGUUUUCAUCCGAUCGCCCAUAAAGACAAAUUCUGUAUUAUGUGUCUGUUAAAAACUGUAGGACAAGGUACCUUUUUAAGGCAUUUACCGAAGUGGCAAGUGCUUGGGAUUUAAUUUUCAUUUAGAACGUUUUCUGGGUCACAUCUGAAGACUCACACAAGCAGAAACCCUUAUCGUUGAAUAAAACUGACGUCGACAACGAAAGUCAACAAUGAAUACGCCUUAGAUCAAUUUGAUAACUUUCUCUAAGAAAUUACCUCUAUGAGGAGUGCCUUCAUGCUGCAUUCCGUUGACGGAUGUCUGAGUACUUUAAUUUUUACAGUGUGAGGCCAGGAAAACAUUUUACGCUUUAUGCCGUUUCAUUCGCUCUGCUAAGAGAUACCGAUAUUUUUUAACCGCAAACGUGCGAAAAUGCCUUUAUAAUUGUAUUGCGGCCACUUGAAUUGCUUUUGCUUAAAUUGAGAACCCGUUCUACGAUUAUGAAUGCACGGCAAAGUGGCUAUAUAUACGCUGAUAUUUUGCUGAAGAUGUUAACGUUUUGCUAGUUCCGAUUCUGACUUAGGUUUGUACAGAAGCUAGACUGCACAAAACGCUGUAUUUAAUAUGUUCAAAGCUACAAAUGACAGCUCGGUGGUGGUCGUUCCUGUGAAAAACGUAGGAUUUUCCAAACGGAAAAAUACAUUUGCCUGCGUGCGUUGUUACUGCACGUUAGGGCACAAAAUCGUACAGAUCUACUUAACUGAAUUCUUUAAACCGAAAAAACAUCCGGCUCUCUUAAAAUAACCUCUGUUUUGGGAAGUUUAUUACUACGGAUACCAUCGGACAAAAAAUUAAUUUUCAAGUCCGGCAACCUCUGUUUAUUAAAACUGUCUGGAGUAAAUUACUCUCCUUCCGAGUAAAAACCCACUCAGAUAGGCAAUCAAAGUCCAUAACAGUUAUUAGCAUAGGAAGUGGCCUGAAUAUUCCACGACGUUCCUUUUAGACCAAAUUUAUGAACAUUUUGCUUGAAAACAUUACGUGGGCACAAUAAAUAUACAAGAUGAGGACAUUUCCUAAAGGUAUCUGAGCGGGCAAGCAAAAUGCGCAACGUUUAAGACGUCCUUAAUUCUCCUAUCAGAUUCUGUCACCAGGUUUCAUGAGAUAGGUCACGUACUGUAUAUACUUUUUAGUCGAACGCAACCUUUUUAGUCGAUGGGUAACCUCGACAAAUAUUCAUUUCAACACGUUCUCCAUCCCCAGAAGGCGAGAAAUUCAAUGUGGACUUUUGCUGCAAUGUUUCCCGGUAGGAAUGUGAAACAGGCAUAACGGUAGAGUUUAGAUCUAUCACGAAACGCCUCCUAGAUAGCAUUCACUCCUUUGACCCCAAAACGUCCUUCCGAGUGUUAGCACGUGCACGAACAACUCGGAUAUUGCGCUACUUGGAGGCAACCUACAUAUGGCAGGAGAAACCCGACCUGCGACCACGUGGUCAGUCUCAGCUUGCGCUAGUUAAUCGCAGCUCUUUGAAUUACACACCCCCUCUGUGUGUUAACUUUCCCAUUUUCUUUCCUAAAUUGCAUUUUCAAGUCGCCAUUUUUAUCGAUUAGCAUGCAUACAUUAAGAUGAACUAACUGUUUUGUAUUGAUUUUUCCUGUGGAAAUUAAUAUCUCUGUAUUUUUCAUUCGUUACCUCUGUUAUGCAGCGACAAGUGGCAGUUGAUAAGUCGUCGCGAAAUUUGUUGGUUCCGAUAAAUUCUGCUGGUAUGUCUGUUUUAAAUUCGUACCGGGAAAUAUUGUUUUAAAAGUUCCACAUUAGAUUUUUUGCCUUCUAAGAGUGGAGAACUUAUAAAAAUUCAUAUUUGCCGUAAGUAGUAAUGCUGUGUUCUGCAAACAACUCGAAAAUGUUAGUUUUUGCGAGGUUGUCCACGAAAUCUUCUCCUUUUUAUUUGGCUAAAAAGCAAGCAACUAUAGUCCAAUUUACUCAAAUAGUAGUAUGCUGGGAUCGCUCAUACACUAGCAUAAGCUGUCUGUGCGAUGAGGCGACGCAUUAUCACAAGUUGUUGUCCACGUUUCAUUGGAGGAUGUGGAUGGGCGAACAAACCGCGCAACGUUAAAGAUGUCCAGAUAUUUUCGCCUCAGUUUCUGUUAUCAGAUUUCAUGAGAUGGGUCACGUACUGUACAGUGCGUAAAGUAUCUCAUGAAAUGUUUGCUGAAAUUCUGAAAUGCGUUUUCGAAUAGGAAGGAUUACUUGGUCGCGGUUGUGAAACUGAUUAUCUUAAGGCAUACUCUUAUAACAUUCUAGACUCGGCAGGAUGUCGGCUUUUAAAUGCACUUCUUUUCAAUCUCCUGUAGAAAGCGUGCUCUGUAAAAAAUGACUACUUAUGUAGCAUGCAUUUUUCCCAUUGAUUUUCGAUGGUUUAGGAAAUUCUAAUAUAUUUUAUAGAAAUCACAAACAAAAAUGUACUUUCUUUUAGUCAACCAAUAGAGAAUCACGUCUUCUUUAUAUUUUAUACUUAAGGAAGGAGUAUAAUUAGGUUUUAAAAAAGUUUCUUAUUAUGAGACUUUUUAAGACCGCGAUAUGUCCAUUCACAUAGCAUCGUACCUGGCCGUUUACCACUGCUCCUCAUGAAAUUUACAACAUGGUCCGCAUUCAUUGCAAUAUUUUAUGGACCCUGUAUGAUAUCUCUUUAAUGACAUAGAAAAAUAUUGGAUUUUCUUUACGCGGGACGCAUGCAGCUUGUAGAGUGUAAUCACUAAGCGCUAAUGCAACGAAUGAUCAGGCUCCAAAUUUUUCGGCAAUUAGAAAACUUUUUCAAAACCUAAUUAUAUUUCUUCCUUAAGUAUAAAAUAUAAAGAAGACGUGAUUCUCUAUUGGUUGACUAAAAGAAAGUACAUUUUUGUUUGUGAUUUCUAUAAAAUAUAUUAGAAUUUCCUAAACCAUCGAAAAUCAAUGGGAAAAAUGCAUGCUACAUAAGUAGUCAUUUUUUACCGAGCACGCUUUCUACAGGAGAUUGAAAAGAAGUGCAUUUAAAAGCCGACAUCCUGCCGAGUCCAAAAUGUUAUGAGAGUAUGCCUUAAGAUAAUCAGUAUCACAACCGCAACCAAGUAAUCCUUCCUAAUCGAAAACGCAUUUCAGAAUUUCAGCCAACAUUUCAUGAGAUGGGUCACGUACUGUAUGUGCUCAUUGAUACGGCGUCAGCAUACAGGACCCUCCCCAGUCACCUCCAGAUCUAAGUCACUGAUUGCUGAUGGGCUAAAACCCUCUUCAACUGUCGCAUCUCACGUUGCUGACUGUGGACUCCUGCGCGAGGCCGAAAACUCAGAGCAAUAAGCAAUUUUUUUCGAUGCUCCAUCAACUUUUCUUCACUUAAACCUACACCUGGGACCGAAACUUUUGCCCGCAUUCGUGAACUUAACACCUCUUUCGGCAAACCUUCCAAACACCAUUUGCGUCUACAUAUUUCAAAUAUCAGCGAAGAUUUAACCCGCACCUCUCCUCCAUUCUCUUGCCUCGUCUUUAUAGACCCACACUGGUCCUACACAAAGAGCCAAUCCAACUUCAACAACUGGGCCGCUAUUAGCCCUAGAAUGUGUUCGGGAUCGCUCCAAUCACCGAUCGCUCUGGACUCCAAUGCUGCCACCUACUUGGGCAAGGCUACCGGAGCGGUUGUCGACAUUUCCUUUAGCAAAUCAGUUAACUCGGGGACCUUCACGGCUACAAACAAUGGACAUUCCUGUAAGCUGGAUACUCCUGUUCAGAAGCCCCCCUCUCUGCAAUAUUUUUGACUUUCCACGGCUUUCUGUGCUUCAGAAUGUACCCUAAGUUUUAACGCAGAUCCAAAAAAUGAUUGUCACGUAUACUUCUACUAAAUACAGUGAGUGACGAUCUCAUGAAAUGUUGGCCAAAAUUCUGAAAUGCGUUUUCGAUUAGGAAGGACUACUUGGGCGCGGUUGUAAUACUGAUUAUCUUAAGACAUACUCCUAUGAUAUUUUGGACUGGGCAGGAUGUCGGCUUUUAAAUGCACUUCUUUUCAAUCUCCUGUAGAAAGCGUGCUUGGUAAAAAAUGACUACUUAAGUGGCAUGCAUUUUUCCCAUUGAUUUUCGAUGUUCUUACAGAUUCAGCUAUAUCCUAUAGAAACCAUGAACGAAAAUAUGCAUUGUUGAGUCAUUUGAUAGGAAUAGCGACUUCUUUAUAUUUUAUACUCAAGAAAGGAGUAUAAUUAGGUUUUAAAAGUUUUCUUACUGUCGAAUUAUUUGGAGCCUAAUCAUUCGUUGCAUUAGCGUUUAGUGAUUUCCGCCUACAAGGUGCAUGCCUUCCGCGUAAGGAAGAUCAUAUAUUCUUCUAUGCCUUUAAAAAGAUAUCAAAAUGAGUCCAUAAAAUUUUACAAUGGAUGCGGACUAUGUUGUACAUUUCAUGAGGUGCAGUGCUAAGCGAACAGGUACGAUGCUAUGUGAAAGGACAUUGCGCGGUCUUAAAAAAUCUUAUAAGUAGAAACUUUUUAAAACCUAAUUAUAGUCCUUCCUUGAGUAUAAAAUCUAAAGAAGACGUAAUUCUCUAUCAAACGACCAAAAAAGCAUAUUUUAUUUUGUGGUUUAUAUAAAAUAUAUUUUAAUUUGCUAGGCCAUCGACAAUUAAUGAGAAAAUGCAUGCUACGUAAAAAGUCAUUUUUUACCGAAUACGGUUUGUACAGAAGAUUAAAAUGUAAAACAUUCAAAAGCAGACAUGCUGCCAAGUCUGAAAUAUAGUAGAACUAUGUCCCAUAAUAAUGAAUGUUUCAACACCACCUAAGUAAACCUUCGAAAACACAUUUAAGAAUUUGAGCCAACAUUUCCUGAGUUCGGUCACCCACUGUAGAUCUUGCUUCGUUAUCCCUUAAAGCGCGCUGCAUUCGUCUAUCUCCAUUUAAUACAGUGGAAGUCGGAAUCCCCCCGGGAACAUGGACGGUGACAUUGAAUAAUAAGGCCAAGGACUUCCACAACAUUGAUCAAUUGCAUUUUCACUGGGGAGGUGGGAAUCGUAGGGGCUCGGAACACACUUUGGACGGCAGGUCGUUCCCGCUAGAGGUAUGUUCACGAAGAAGUGUAUGUUUUGUGAAUGUAUAUUUACUCGAAUACUUACUAAUUGAUUCGAUGUAGGUAUCAGUCCGAUGGAAAUUUGCAUGCAUGCUCAGACUGAUCAGAUGAAAACUUGGAAAUCAGUCACGCACAAAUCUGCUGCUCCUUUAAACGAAGUUUUAAGAAGGGGAAUUAACUUUUCUAUGGGAAAUGACUGACAACUGCAGACUAUGAGAGGUUUUAAUCCCAACUAUAUUUCCUCAGGAGAAACUUGUAUGCGAUACAGUAUUGUAAAAGUCUUUUGGAGCGAGGUAACAUCGGCUACAUUAGGUCCUGUGGGUUCAGGCGCAUGACUGUGCCACACUCAAGAUGCCAGUGAAAAGGCGAGGAGGUCAGCAGUCGCAUCUUUGCCGAUGGCCUCAUUUCAGAAUGUUCCAGAACAUGGCAUGGUUUACAUUUUGCUAAAUGCACUCAUUUAAAAGAGCCAUCCGGCACUCUCUCCAUUCACAGAUGCACAUUGUCGCCUACGCCUCGAUAUACGCCAAUUUCUCAGCUGCACAAUCGGCCCCAGGAGGUCUGGCUGUGAUUGGCGUCUUCUUUCAACUGACCACUGAUCAAUCCAAAUCCAACCUAUCAAAAAUGGGCAACCUCUUAUCAGUUAUCAGCCAGCUCAAUAAAGCGGGUUCAACAGUCAGAGUGAAUUCGUUCGAUCCGAAAGUUCUGCUACCUGCGAACAGGGAUGAGUUCUUCCGCUACCACGGUUCUCUCACCACGCCACCCUGCACGGAGAACGUCCAGUGA